AUGUUCGCCGCACGACAGAGGGCGAGCUGCUUGGCUCGUCGCUUGCCGCGAAGCACGCGCUCAUAUGCUAGCGAUUCUCACCACAAGGCCGCCGAGGUCAACGAAUCCUUCGGAACAGGAUCGAUGUUGGCGGUCGGCUCCUUCUUCUUCGGUAUUCUCGUCUACCAGAUGACACCCCGGCAGGGCGAGGAGUCGAGCAUCACCCGGAUGAUGAACAAGUACCUGUCGCGCAGCGAGGACUGGGAGGAGAUCAAUGCGACCCACGUCAAGGCUGCCCGGCAGGCUGGAUUCGACCGCGCUCUCUUCGAGAACGAGGUUCCCAAGGAGCGCUGGGUCGAUGUGUCAUAUCCUGAGGCCCUUCAAUCCCACGCUCAAAGGAACAACCGCGCUGGACAUAUGAUCAACUUGGAUUCGGUUGUGGAGCACUACAGGAAGGAACAUGUCAAGGACCAGGAGCUCAAGAUGAAGCGGUUCGAGAAGGAAUGA